CUCUGCAGUAUGCAUGUUCGCCAGGGAAUCCGCGAAGUUCUCACGUCCCAGCAGUGUACUUCACCGGCGAGAGACCAUCUACUCAAGAGUCGAGGAUAAUAAACUUGGAUGUGGCAGGCGGACCGGAGGCGGAAAGCCCGGAGUGACCGGAGGAAUAUAGGAUUAAUACAGGAAUACAGGCUGCCGCUCUCCUCUGAACCUGGACAAUCAUGCAUGUGCUCUUCUGGGGCUUGGGGUUCCUACUUUUCCCUGAUUUCUUGAAUGUAGUUGCCUCUACGGGGAAAUUGCUUUUGAAUUCAAACACAGCAAAAGAGAAGAUUGGCGCUUAUGAGAUUGUAACACCGGUGCGAGUGAAUGAAGCCGGUGACAAGUUUCCCACAAGUGUGCACUUCAGGAGGAAAAGGCGAAGUUUGGACGAAAGCACCGGCAACACCACGGAUCAGUGGGCCUCGUCAAAUAUCCAUUACAGGAUAUCUGCUUUCGGACAGCAUUAUCACCUCAACCUCACGCAGGAUUCGGGAUUUAUCGCACCUCUCUACACUGUGUCAGUAUUUGGAGGGCCCCGAGGAGAUAACAUAACGGAUUUUGCAGCAGAUGGGGAGGUGGAGGAAGAGGAGGACACGGAGUUAAGGCACUGCUUCUAUAAAGGACUUGUAAAUGCAGAAGCAGAACACGCCGCAGUCAUCAGUUUGUGCUCCGGACUGCUUGGCACUUUCAGGUCUCCAGAAGGAGAGUACUUUGUGGAGCCCCUACACAACUAUCAAGGAGAACAUUAUGAAGAGGAACACACAAAACCUCAUAUUGUAUACAGGAAGAGCGCACCCAAGGAACCACCAUCUGGGGAGAACACAGCUUGUGACACUUCAGGUCACAAACACAGACACAAGAGACACAAUCUGAAGAGAGGGCCAGUGGUCGGGGUUACCAAUGUGUCCAAUGCAGCCCCGGUGGUCAGCGGAGGCAUGUUCAAUGACGUGGAGUCACUAAGCGCCGGCGUGGCCAGCGGUGCUUUGCUCGGAUCGGCGAGCGGCAACUCCAGCGCCAGACCAUCAAAUGAUAGCAGCGGUGACUCAGGACCUCACAAGAGAACAAAGCGCUUCCUCUCCUACCCACGCUUUGUUGAAGUCAUGCUGGUGGCCGACAGCAAAAUGGUGGAGCAUCAUGGCAGCAACCUACAACACUACAUUCUCACAUUAAUGUCCAUAGUAUCUUCCAUCUACAAGGACCCCAGCAUUGGCAACCUCAUUAACAUUGUGAUUGUAAAGUUAGUCAUAAUAAACAACGAGCCGGAAGGCCCAGUCAUUUCAUUUAAUGCACAGACUACUUUAAAGAACUUCUGCAUUUGGCAGCAGAGCCAGAACCUCCUGGAUGAUAACCAUCAUUCCCAUCAUGACACUGCCAUCCUAAUAACCAGGCAGGACAUCUGCAGAGCAAGAGACAAGUGUGACACGUUAGGAUUGGCAGAGUUGGGGACGGUGUGUGAUCCAUACAGGAGUUGCAGCAUCAGUGAGGACAAUGGACUCAGCACCGCAUUCACCAUCGCCCAUGAACUUGGCCAUGUGUUCAACAUGCCUCAUGAUGACAGUAACAAGUGUAAGGAGGAUGGAGUUAAGAUUCAGCAACAUGUGAUGGCGCCCACACUUAACUACAACACAAACCCUUGGAUGUGGUCAAAGUGUAGCAAGAAGUACAUCACAGAGUUCCUUGACACAGGAUAUGGUGAGUGCUUGCUGGACGAGCCCGCUUCUAGACCGUACAGUCUGUCGCAGCAGCUGCCUGGACGGGUAUACAAUGUCAAUAAACAGUGUGAAUUGAUAUUUGGGCAGGGGACGCAGGUGUGCCCAUAUAUGACCCAGUGUAGGAGGCUGUGGUGCACCAGUCCAGAGGGGGCCCAGCGGGGCUGCAGGACCCAGCACAUGCCGUGGGCAGACGGCACUGAAUGCUCUCCUGGGAAGCACUGCAAACAUGGCCUGUGUAUAGCAAAAGAGCAUGACGCUGCACCUGUAGAGGGGGCGUGGGGAGUUUGGAGCCCUUUCGGUACCUGUUCUCGGACGUGCGGAGGUGGCAUCAAGAUUGCUGCGCGCGAAUGCAACCGACCCGUGCCCAGGAAUGGAGGACUGUAUUGUGUGGGUCGCCGAAUGAAGUUUCGUUCCUGUAACUCUGAGCCCUGCUCCAUGCAGACGAAGGACUUCCGGGAGGAACAAUGCGCGGCUUUCGAUGGCAGGCACUUCAACAUUAACGGUCUACCUCCAAAUGUUCGCUGGGUGCCCAAAUACAGCGGAAUCCUGAUGAAGGACCGGUGCAAGCUGUUCUGUAGGGUGGCAGGCAGCACGGCCUACUACCAGCUCAGGGACAGGGUCAUUGACGGCACGCCGUGUGGACCCGAUACCAACGACAUCUGUGUCCAGGGCCUGUGCAGGCAAGCGGGCUGCGACCAUGUAUUAAACUCUAAAGCCAGGAGGGACAAGUGUGGCGUGUGCGGAGGUGACAACUCUUCCUGCAAAACUGUGGCAGGCACCUUUAACAUUGUCCAGUAUGGCUAUAAUGAAGUUGUGCGAAUACCAAGUGGUGCUACAAACGUAGAUGUGCGUCAACACAGCUACUCAGGGAAGCCGGAGGAUGACAACUACCUCGCCAUAUCAAACAGCCGCGCAGAGUUCCUGCUUAAUGGAGAGUUUGUGGUCAGCAUGUUCAAAAGGGAAAUCAAAGUAGGAAAUGCCGUCAUUGAGUACAGUGGCUCUGACCAUGUCAUUGAGAGGAUCAACUGUACUGAGCGCAUCGAGGAAGACAUCAUUGUCCAGGUGCUGUCUGUGGGGAACCUUUACAACCCAGAUGUCAGGUACUCCUUUAACAUCCCCAUAGAAGACAAACCUCAGCAGUUCUUCUGGGAUGCCUAUGGGCCCUGGCAGGAGUGCAGCCGACUGUGCCAAGGAGAGCGCAAGCGGAAGAUCCUCUGUAGCAGAGAGUCGGACAGGGCGGUGGUGUCAGACCAGAGGUGUCACGGUACAGCAAGACCUGCUGUCUUCACUGAGCCCUGUAACACUGAGUGUGAACUCAGGUGGCAUGUGGCUCGUAAGAGUGAGUGCACAUCUCAGUGCGGCCCCGGAUACCGUACCCUGGAAAUAUACUGUGCCAAAAUCAGCCGUGACGAUGGUAAAACCCAGAAGGUGGAUGACCGUUUCUGUAGCAGUCAGCAAAAACCUGAUGACAAGGAAGGUUGCCAUGGAGACUGUAACCCAGGCGGCUGGGAGUACUCGUCUUGGUCUGAGUGCUCCAAGAGCUGUGGUGGAGGCAACCGCCGCCGCGGGGCAGUGUGUCGGAAAGCUGCCGAGGCUGGAGGGGAUGAGAGCAAAUGCAGUCAAAGGGACAAGACGACCGUCCAACCCUGCAAUGAGUUCCUCUGUCCACAAUGGAAGACUGCGGACUGGUCUGAGUGCCUCGUGACGUGUGGCAAAGGCUAUAAGCACCGUCAGACCUGGUGUCAGUUUGGUGAGGACCGUUUAGAUGACCGAUUUUGUGGCUCACCUAAACUGGAGUCUGUGCAGACGUGCCAGCAACCGGAGUGUGCCUCGUGGCAGGUUGGACCCUGGGGACAGUGCACUACCUCGUGUGGGCCAGGCUACCAGAUGCGAGCGGUGAAGUGUGUAGUUGGCUCUUAUGGUGUUGUCAUGGACGACACUGAAUGUAAUGCUGCCACCCGACCCACUGACACCCAGGACUGUGAACUGGUCCAGUGUCCCAGCAGCCACCCUGUUCCCCCAGGAACUAAAGUCCCCUCCAACCAGGGCCACAAAACACAGUGGCGAUUUGGCUCCUGGACCCAGUGUAGUGCCAGCUGUGGCAAAGGGACACGUAUGCGCUAUGUGAGUUGCCGUGACAACCAGGGUGGUGUGGCAGAGGAGGCGGCGUGCGCCCACCUCCCAAAACCCCCUGCCAGAGAAGUGUGCUCGGUAGUGGCCUGCGGACAGUGGAAAGUGCUGGAAUGGACAGCGUGCUCGGUGACCUGUGGCCAGGGGAAGACCACACGGCAGGUCCAGUGUGUCAACUACAGUGAGCAGGAGAUGAAUUCUAAUGAGUGUGACCUAGACGAUCGUCCUCCUACAGAGCAGGACUGUGCUAUGUCUCAAUGCCCGUCCCGCUCCAGUGAGUCCCGACCUUUCCCGUCCUCUCCAAAUGGCAGCUCCAGGAACAACCUGCCCCGCAGCCAAUCCCACCAAUGGAGGACUGGACCCUGGGGAGCGUGCUCCAGCACAUGUGCAGGAGGUUUCCAGCGGCGUGUAGUCGUGUGCCAGGAUGAGAACGGUUACCCUGCCAACAGCUGUGAGGAUCGCAGCCAGCCCAAUGAGCAACGGUCCUGUGAGUCAGGACCCUGUCCACAGUGGAUCUACGGCAACUGGGGAGAGUGCGACAAGUCAUGUGGAGGUGGGAUAAAGACAAGACAGGUGGUUUGUCAGCGUCCAAACGGCGAGCGUUUCAACGAUCUGAGCUGCGAGAUCCAUGACAAGCCACCAGAUCGUGAGCAGUGCAAUACUCAGCCGUGCCCGUCUAGCCCCCACUGGAGCCCAGACCCAUGGAGCUCGUGCUCCUCCUCCUGUGGAAGAGGGUUCAAGUCCCGGAAGGUGGUCUGUGUGACCGGGUCAGGACGCCCCGUUUCAGAAGAGAGCUGCCAGCAUCUGUCCCCCAAACCCAGCAAGCAGAGGCGCUGCAAAGGUGGUCAAUGCUUCAAGUGGAAGACAGGCAACUGGGGAGAGUGUUCCGCAACGUGUGGGGACGGCGUCCAGCGGCGCGAGGUGUUCUGCCGGGGCGGAGACCGGCGCAGCCCGCACGAGAGCGGCUGCUCCCAGCGGUCCAGACCGGCGUCCAGCCAGAGCUGCCGGGGGGCAGAUUGCCCCUCCCGGUACCGGUGGAGAGAAGGAGAGUGGCAGACGUGCAGUAAGUCGUGUGGAGCAGGUCAUCGACAGCGAGCCUUGCAGUGUGUGGACCACAACCAGCAGGAGGUGCAUGAGAUGUACUGCGUGAACCAGAUCAGACCUCCAGACAUAGAGAGCUGCAGCACCCACGCCUGUGAACUGAUCUGGAUCACAGGGGAAUGGACUGAGUGCUCAGCCAGCUGUGGUCAGAGCUACCGCCAGCGUCUGGUCUCCUGCAGCGAGGUGCAUGCUGAGAAUGACAACUAUGAGUAUGGCCAUCAGUCUCUGUCCAACUGCCCCGGGACCCCCCCUGAGAGCUACAUGCCUUGUAAUCUGGAGCCAUGCCAGCCGCCACAGGAGUGGAGGGUUGGAAUCUGGGGACUGUGCUCAGUGAGCUGUGGUGACGGAGUGAUGGAGCGGACGCUGCAGUGUGUGUCAGCAGACGCUCAGGAAAGCAAUAGGUGUUCUCAGGAGGCCAUGCCAGAGGCCAGAAAAGCCUGCAGGAAUCCAAGCUGCCAUUUACCUUCUAGCUGUCAGGGCGUCCAGAGCACGAACGGCCCCCUCCCCGACAGCGAACACUUUCUCAAUAUUCAAGGAAAAGCACUCAAGGUCUACUGUGCAGGAAUGCAGACAGAGACUCCACAGGAGUACAUCACCUUGACAACUGGAGAAGGGGAGAAUUUUUCAGAGAUCUUUGGCUUCAGGCUCAAUGACCCCACCCAGUGUCCACCCAAUGACUCCAGGAGAGAGGAUUGUGACUGUCGGAGAGACUACACCGCCGCCGGCUUCACCACCUUCUCCAAAGUCCGCCUGGACCUCAGCAAGAUGAACCUCAUCACUACAGAUUGGCAGUUUGCUGUCACCCGGGAAGGCAAGAACAUUCCCUUUGCUACAGCUGGAGACUGCUACAGCGCAGCACGCUGUCCACAGGGGCGCUUCAGGAUCAACCUCUCAGGAACAGGUUUCAGGGUGGCAAAGGAAACCUCAUGGAUCUCCCAGGGCAACUAUGCAGUGACUGAUAUACGAAAAUCACAGGAUGGCAGCAGCGUGUCAGGAAUGUGUGGAGGCUACUGCGGUAAAUGUACACCGUCCUCUGGCUCCAGCCUGCCUGUAACAGUGGAGUAGAUCUACUGUAAUACCAUCAAACACAUGAGCAUCUGUUUCCUCCAUUUGGCCGUCCAUCUUCAGGUUCUUAUUGUGUCGAGACUUCCCUCCUCUUUGGUGCUACAGCCAUUCAGAGUCCAAACCCGCCCUGACCUCUUUUUCUCCAGUAUGUAUAGUGUAAAUGAACUUGGUGUAAGUACUGUACAUAGCAGGAUACAAAUGUCUUAUUUAUUGUACUCUCAAUUUAUUUUUGUACUGUAAUAUGAUUGAACCGUCCUUAGUAAAUACCACACAGUUGCCAUUUAUCAGUUUUUCGCCAGAAUGUGCCUUCCAAUUUGGAUAUUUGCCAAUUGGACUUUUUAGUACGAGUAGUUAUUUAAACCAGACUUCAUCUGGUACAGCCAUGUACUCCUUUUUUAAUUAGGUUCUGUAACGUUAUUGUUGUGAUGGUCACCAGACCUGUUCAUAUCCAUUGAGGUGUCUCCAGUGGGUCGUUUUUCACUACUUCAGGCCAGAUUGGUGUAUACUAUAACCAUAGUUAUGUUGUACACUGUGUGCAAUGGGGCAGUUCUUGUAGAGGAAUCGAGGAAGUUAAUUUUCAUAGUCUGAUGUUAACCGUAUGUUCAGCAAUCCUUCCAGGUGUAAAUUGUGGGCAACUGUUGCUAAAAUCGUCCAGCUACUUCCACUACUCUACUCUGUGGCAGCGUACAACAUUCAGUGUCUUGCUAACUGAGCACUCUUCUUAUCCCUGUACUCAGGUUUUGUUUCUGUAGUCUAGUAUAUUAAAAAGUGGGUAUAUGGUGGUCCGGCUGCCCCAUCUGUAUCUCUCCAGCUGUUAACUGCAGCUGGACGGAAAGAGAAAAGUGCAAUAAAUAAUAACACACUGCAGGAAAAGGCCAGGUGUUGCUGUCAUGAAAAACACACCUGCAUCCGGAAAAAACACGUAUUAAAACCGGAAUUUUAGUUUUAAUGAAUGCGGGGGGAAGAGUUCAAUUGAGUUAUUUUUUCUGCUUGGUGUUGCCAGUGCUAUAUUCACUUUUAUUCAGCGCUGUGUCUGACAUUUUUGUAGUUUCUUUUAGCGAUGUGGCGUGCUAUCCGUCUGGCAAACCAGAACCGUCCCAAACACAACUAAAUUAUAAGAUACAAGAAUAUACAAGAAAAUACAAGCAGAGGGUUUUUGGAGACGCAAACCACUUGGUUUUCUGAGGAAAAUUCUACUCAUUGUGCCUUUUUAAAUUGAGGAUGUAGGAUGGAACAGUUUUCUGCUCAUUAAUGGCAUAGUGUGUAUUCUAUUUUUCAGUAGGAUAGAAUGAAUGAACCUUCCUGCUAUCCAAACAUUAGCAUCAGUAUCAUUCUGAUUAUGUCUUGAUUCAGAUUCAUUCAGUUGUAAACUAUCACAGCUGCAACCUCUUGGCAGUGGGAGGACAGCAGGAGUCGUUGAAGGAUAUAAUAAUAACGUAUGUUUCUCGAAUGAAGUGUGUGUAUGUCGAGAAAGGGUUGGGAUUUACAGGCGAGAGCUAGGGAGUAAGAGAGAUGUUUACCAGUACACAAACACACUGUACGCACACAAACACAUUACUGGAUCAUAAGGAGAAGGUUGUAGGUUACAAGAUCUGUAGAGAUUCUGCUGCCAGACAUCAGAGAGAACCACAUUCCUCUGUGUUGGUGCAUAUCUCUCAGGUAUAGCGUGCAGUGACCGGGGAGAGCCAUUAGCCUUUAGCUUCCACAGAGCAGACAGGUUAUCUUAUCAGGAGAGUUUCCAGUAGAUACUCCAGAGGUAUAAUGCACUGGUCGGCCCUGGAGACACCUCAGAAACAGCUGAGCCCGCAGGCCCCGCAGCGAAACCUCUGUCCAGAUGCUGCCUGUAAACCAUUGCCUUCCAUACCUCACAUUCUUCCCUCCGUCUUUGUUUUUAAGAGUCUGUUUAAACUGUACAUACUGAUAUGCGACUGAGCAUUCUCACGUGUUGUUUAUCUGACAAUAUCAGGGUACUUUUUCUGUAUAUAAAUGUUUUUUCGUAUCUCUUUAACCAGGUUUAUGCAGUUUUGUGAGCUGAUUUUAUAAAUGUUAGCUGAACAAUUAAAGGACACAGAAAGAAUUUAGACAGUCGAGAAGAUACAAUGAACAUAAAUUAGUCGCUAAGUCUUUUUAUAUGGAAGCCCUGAGAGGCAAGUUACCUUAUCAUCACAUAUGGGUGAGGGUGGAUUAAGAACAUUUAGCAUGAUGACCUUUGAAGAACCUUUUUUUGUACCUGUUUAAGGUGCUAAAAAUCAUUUAGAUCAGGCUUAGAAAAUUGAUUAACAGAUUUCUCAGGGCUUCCUUACUUCACUGUCUAUGGUAGAUAUUUUAGACAUACUUGUGUACAACUGAUCAAGAAGCCAUAAUUGCUUUCACAAGCUUUUUUGGUGCUAUUUCAGUGCCUUACUGUACAUGUACGUGAAAAUGUGAACACUUCAGCAAAAGGGAAUUUCACGGUCUAAAUAUGCUUCUAUACAAGUCAGAAUUAUCUUUAAAGACACAGGGAUGUAAACAUGAUGUGUCUUACUGACAGUUGCAACGGAUAAAUGCACUUCUUAUGUGAAUGUCAGAAUUGAGUUCAGCAAAUACAGUUCUCAGGUGUCAAAAAUGAAGGGAUUAUUAUGAUAUUUAAGUGUAUUUUUAUUUUAUUUUACAAAUGUUCCAUGUAAUUGAACAUGUAUCGAAGUGUAACAAAGUAAAAAGUGUCAUAUAUGCUUAAUUUCAUAUGCAAAUAUUUAUUUUACUUUUUCUUUAUGUGAAUGUAAAUAUUUUGACCAUAAAUCAUCAUGAAUUACUUUUCAGUAUCACCUUAAAAUGAACCGUCUGGAAACACAUUUCCCGUUCUGUGAAUACAUUUAUUUAUGUGUAUGCCAUAUCUACAUAGAUUGUAUAAGCAGGGGUUGCUGCUGCCAUAUGAAAAGCAUGAUUUAUGUAUGAGGUCAGAUAAGCAAUGAUCGGAAGGAAAUAAAAU